UUCAUCUACUUCCAUUGUUCUGACUGUGGUGGGAGUUGUCCUCAUUGUAGUAGCACUCAUUGGUUUUGGAGUUUCUGUAGUUGUUUACCGGAAGGGACGUUUACUCUGCAGAUCUGCACGUCAGCAGGAAAUGAUACAACAGCAGGUUGAAUUCAGUAACGUUCUUCAUGUACAAGACGAUACAACCGCAGGUCGGACAGGAGACAGACCGCAUUACCAGGACCUUGACCUAAAAGACAUUGGGAAGCCAUCGUAUUAUGACAGCACAACCGGAUUUGAUACUGGCAAGAACAACGCUGAAAGAGGUUACUAUCAAGAAGUCGACGUAAGUUACACUGAGACGCCAUCAACCUAUGAGAACACUGUUGGAGUUGACACUGGAGUCGGCCAUGAUGGUUCAAGAAGGAAAUCUACAGCACUUUAUUCAAACACGUGAUAGAAUAAAAUGCGUAUGAUUGAGGAUGAAGAAUAGCCUCGGGACUGUACGAAGCAGUGAGAUAUAUUGUGACAAUUACGAAAUAGCCUGAAUCUUUACAUACAAUCUUAGACGACGAAUGGUAUUGUUGAUCAAUGAACGUGUGCUCACAGUUAAUGUUCUGGUGUAUAUUGUCAUAUUGCCAUACUUUAAAUAUAAAGGAUUUGGCCAUACUGUCCGAUAACAUAUUUGAUCAUCCGUAUAACAAUAUUAUAGGCCUCUAUAUCAGAGCGAUAAUUACACCGAACACAUCUAGAGCAGUUCUGUACAGGGAAUGAAAAACAACUGCUCACAUUGGAGACAUUAAAACAUGGAAACAGACCCUAGAUAUAGCUUCGUUAUCCAUGGGGUUUUGAUAGACACCCGGAAAUGCUGCAAGAAACAUCUACACAGAGGAAACGUACAAUACCGAAUAUAGAAAUACAAUGUAUGUAGGUUAAUGAAGGGAUAGAAAGAUUCAUGAACGAAAUCAUGAUCCCGUUGUAAAAGAAAUAUCUAGUGUGCUAGAUAGACAUCUAUAAUCUUCAAUACUGCCAUAUUUUGAAAUUUGUCAUAAUUUCAUAACAUAUUUUCUUUACUGUAUCGUACAUGCUAGGCUGAAUGUUUAUUGUUCCUAUAUAUGCAGUCCAUCUUGUUAUAUUCCAGUAUUUACUAGAAUUAUGUACAGUAGUGACAUUCAUAUUGUUAUACCGCAAACAGUAAACACUAAACAGUUUAACUAACCGCUGUCCAAGUGUGUGUUUGCUCUAUAAUAAUGUAUUUCUUCUGUAUUGAAAAUAUCAUACAAUUGUUAGAAACCAGGAAGGUAUGGUUUUGUAGCUUACAAAUUUAUAAAAGGAACCCCUGAGACCCCUUCAAUCUGCGGUGUGGUCUCUGGUUUGUAACAUAUCAAUUUCUUGUGAUAGGCUAAUACAUGGAGGUAUGCAAAGCUUUACACCGGCACUCAGAGAUUUCACUCAAUGAUAUUUUCUAUUGUAUGUCAUAAGAAGAAAAAAGUAAAUAAAGACUUUCGUUUUGAAUGGU